GGUCGCGCUACUACCGACUCUAAUCCACGAUACGUGGAAAGCAGCGUGAGUUUUUCUGCUUCUAUACAACAUGUCAAAUUAUUGUUGAAUUUCUCUUAAUUAUUUGACGCUAGAAAUCGUAUUUAUUACGAUCUUAGUGGAUUUUAAUUCGCGAUAACGUCGGAACGGCCCUACGUUCGAUUAGACAUUUUCUUUUCGUUUCUUGAGAAUCAGCGUUUUGCAUAUGCACGGCACGAUGAGCACACCAGCUCAGGGGCAAGUUAAACCAAGAAAUGGUGUGGUUAAGCAGGUAAUAUCAGGAGAUACUAUCGUUAUUCGUGGACAGCCGAUGGGAGGACCCCCGCCAGAAGUUACUAUUACUUUGUGUAACAUAACCGCUCCAAAAUUAGAACGCUGGAAAGCAAAUGACAACAUCGACGAAAGUAAAGACGAACCAUAUGCCUGGGAAGCUAGAGAGUUUUUACGUAAGAAACUUAUUGGCCAAGACGUGACUUUUACUACGGAAAAAACAGUUAAUACUAAUAAAACAUACGGCACUGUUUGGCUUGGAAAAGAUAAAAGUGGUGAAAAUGUUAUCGAGUCUUUAGUUUCCGAAGGCUUGGUUAUCGUUAAAAAAGAUAGUCGCAAUCCUACAGGCGAACAAACGCGAUUGAUCGAAUUAGAGAAUGCUGCGAAAGCAGCUAACAAAGGCAAAUGGUCUGAUACGCCGGCUUCGGCACAUGUACGUGAGGUCAAAUGGAACGUCGAUGAUCCUAGAAAAUUGGUAGAAAAAUAUAGCAAGAAACCUGUUAAGGCUGUUAUUGAAUUUGUCUUUAAUGGAUCAACUGUAAAAGCAUUUUUAUUACCUGAAUUUUACAAUAUUGUAUUGAUGAUAUCUGGUAUUCGUUGUCCUGGCUGGCCAAGUGGACGACGCGAUGCUAAUUCAGGUGAUCCAUAUGCGGAAGAAGCAAGGUACUUUGUAGAGUCACGGCUUCUUCACAGAGAUGUCGAGAUAAUACUUGAAUCUGUAAAUAACAACAAUUUCGUUGGAAGUGUUAUUCAUCCUAAAGGAAAUAUUGCGGAAAUCCUAUUGAGCGAAGGUUUCGCCAAAUGUCAAGAUUGGUCUAUCAGUAACAGUAAAUCUGGUGCAGAAAAGCUCUAUCUUGCAGAAAAAGCUGCCAAAGAGGCACGAUUACGUUUAUGGAAGGACUAUAAGCCAUCUGGGCCGCAAAUCGAAUUUACUGGUACUAUUGUUGAAAUUGUAAAUGCAGAUGCGUUUAUUAUCAGGACACAAAAUGGGGAAAACAAAAAAGUCUUUUUAAGUAGCAUUCGACCACCAUCCAGAGAAAAGAAACCUGGCGAAGACAUUAACAAUGCUGUCAGGUCAAAAGAUUUCCGACCUCUUUAUGAUAUACCGUGGAUGUUAGAGGCGCGUGAAUUUCUUAGAGAAAAAUUUAUCAGAAAAAACGUUAAAGUCGUAGUCGAUUAUACGCAACCAGCAAGGGAUAAUUUUCCAGAAAAAUUAUGUUGUACAGUUAUGUGUGGUAAAACAAAUAUUGCAGAAGCAUUAGUCUCAAGGGGUCUCGCUAAAGUGAUAAAACACAAGCAAAGUGACGAUCAACGUUCUUCUCAUUACAAUUUGCUUCAAGUUGCUGAAAGUAAAGCAGAAAAAUCACAACAUGGCUUGCAUGCGAAAAAAGAUAUCCCAGUUCAUAGAUUAGUAGAUCUUUCCAACGAUCCUUCUAAAGCUAAAGCAUUUUUAACGUCAUUGAAGAGAGCACAAGGAAUUAAAGCUGUGGUUGAAUUCGUUACAAGUGGUUCGCGUUUGAAAUUGUUCUUACCAAAAGAAGAUCAACUUAUAACAUUUGUAUUAGCCGGUAUUAGAGCACCUCGAUGUCAGAGGUCCUUACCUGGAGGAGGUAUUAUUAAAGCAGAUGAAUACGGAGAGAAAGCUCUAGCUUUCACCAAGGAACAUUGUUUCCAAAGAGAUGUAGAAAUUAAAAUUGAAAGUACGGAAACUAAAGGAAGUGGAUUUAUAGGAUGCUUAACCGUCAAUGAUAUUAAUAUGUCUGUCGCUUUAGUAGAAGAAGGUUUAGCAGAAGUUGUGACUUUCCCUGAUUUAGGUGAAUUUACAAAAAUGCUUAAGGCUGCAGAAGAGAGAGCAAAAUCGAAAAAGCUUAAUAUUUGGAAAAAUCGCAUCGAAGUGCAAGUUGAAAAUGAAAAGAAUGAAGAUGAGAAAGAAGUUGCGGAAAGAAAAAUUGAUUAUCAAGAAGUAGUUAUUACAGAGGUUACAGAGGAUCUUCAUUUUUAUGCUCAAAAUGUCGAGCAGGGUAGUAUGUUGGAAAACUUACUUUUACAAUUACGACAAGAAUUGGCCGCCAAUUCUCCACUCCCUGGUGCUUACAAACCUACAAGGGGUGACUUGGCAGUUGCCAAAUUUACAGGCGACGAUCAAUGGUAUCGUGUCAAAACAGAAAAAGUAUCAGGACCAAAUGUUAGUGUAUUUUAUAUCGACUAUGGUAAUAGAGAAACUAUUAAUGUAACGCGAGUCGCUGAUUUACCUGCUCGUUUUGCGACUGACAAGCCUUAUGCACACGAAUACACACUUGCGUGUGUUGCUUUACCAAACGAUAAUGACGAUAAAAAAUCAGCUGUGGAAGCAUUUAAAGAGGACGUAAUGGAUAAAAUAUUACUAUUAAACGUUGAAUACAAAGUGAACAAUAAUCUCCAUUCUGUAACUCUUGCCGAUGCAUCUACAAACGAAGAUAUUGCCAAAGGGCUCAUUGCGGAUGGACUGUUAUUGGUUCAAAAACAUAAAGAUAAGAGACUUGGAAAAUUGAUUGAGGAAUAUACAAAAGCGGAAGAAGAUGCCAAGCAUAAUCGUCGCAAUAUUUGGGUAUAUGGUGAUAUAAGAGCAGACGAAGACAAAGAAUUUGGAGUGUAAUCGAGUUACUGAAAACAUUGAAAAAUAUUUCUGAUCAAGCAAAAGUGAUAUAAAAAAAGACAUUUUUGAAAAACAUAAUAAUAAAUGCAUAAUGAUAUAUAUAUAUUGACUAGAUUGAUGGAAAAGAAUGAAUGUCGAUAUGAGAGUUACAUAUUGCAUUCGUGAUAAUGCAAUUAUAUUUCAGUAUAUAAAAGCCCGAAAUGUACAUAACGAUUUAAUUAAUGUCCAUAAUUAUUAGCAUGUUGCAAAGGACAAAGUACAGAUGCAGAAAAUAAAUGGAUCAGACUGCCUCUACUGACAUAACAUAUGUAUUCUCAUCGACGCAUACAUUCAUUGCUCUUUGGUGCCACAAUGUAAAUGUUUUUUCAAUCUGAUCAUGAAUGAAUUUUGAUAAAAUAUUAUUUAAUGGUUCGCCAACCUAUCCAGCCUGUGUGCAAUUUAUAUUUGUUAACAUACCUUUAUAUGAACGAAAAGUAAUGUUGAUCUUUAGACGUAUGUUACACUUGAAAGUUGGCUGCAAAAGUAGAAUUCAUUAAAUAUUAGGUAACAUAUCUGUUUGUCUAAUUAACAGAUUGCAUUUGAACAUUGAAAGUGUUAUAUCAGAUAAAUACGUAUCCCAGACGUGUUAUGUUAAGGAGACUGUAGAGAAUCAAAUAAGAACUCAUUUGAAGGAUGACUUAUUUUAAACAAAUAAUAGGAAUAUAUAAAUCUAAAUAUUUUUGAAGUCUUUCUUCUUUAUCACAGUCACGUAAUUCUCUUUUUUUUUUUUUUCAUUCCUUUGCUAUAUAUCAAAAAAGUCAUACGUUCUCUUUCUUUCAUAUCACUGAUCCAUAUCAUCGAAAAGCACACGAUGUUGCAUUUCUUUUUAAGCAUAAUAGACCAUGUAUUAUUCAAUAUGAUCUCAACUUUUAGCAUGCUCAGUUUAUCUUACAUUUUUUUUCUAAGUUGAAAAUAAGUCUAUUCGAUCAUGGCUAAUGAUGAUGAAUCAUAUAUUAAAAAUGUGCGAACAUUAUCUUAACAAAUAUUUAAUAAAUAUAACCAUAAAAAUUGCAGAGAAAUUAUAAAAUAUGAAAUUUAUACUAAAUUUUCUAUACAUAUUUAAUUUUUUAAGUAUUAAAAGCUUAAUGCGUAUGGAAAAAUGGCGAAUGUUUGUAAGGGAAAAAAAAAAAAAAUGUAUAAGGGUUAAAUACUCAAUUAAUUUUUUUCGACCAUUAAGAUGGGAAUGUUAUAUUGAAAUCAUGUUAUAUAUGAUUAAUUAUAUAAUACAUGCUUCGCAUUGUAUGAUUUAUGUCUUAUAAUUACGGAAUUAUGGUAUUCUUCUGCAAGGAAACAUUUAAUUAUUGUCUUAUAUUGGGAUUUAAGCAAUCUUAUUCAGCACUAUACGACAUCCAACGGAUGAGAAGACAGUUGCCAUUUAUUUAUAAAUUACUUUGUUUUGUCUAUAUCACAACGAAUAAAUAUUUCAAUUUCGA